AUGGCACACAAGCCUCCACCCCAGUACGAUGAUGGACUUGAGCUGGCUCAGUACCAAGCGGGGACAUGUGUUGGUGGCUACGGUUGGAAAGCGGCCAGCAAUUCUGACGGGAUGAAGGCCGAUGAGUACAUGGGAAUGGAAGUCCACGAGUACCAGGGAGGCAACCACUCCGCUGGAAAUGAUAGAGUUUUCCCGGAAGAUACCUCUGAGAAGCUGCCUUUUGCUUCGAUGGGUAGGGUAUAUGAGGAGGAUAAGCGAUCUCACCUUCGUCGAGAGCUUAAGACGAGACAAAUCUCUAUGAUUGCUCUGGGAGGCGCUUUGGGCACUGGACUGCUCAUUAAUACGGGUCCCUAUCUCGCCCAGUCCGGCCCGGUAUCGAUGUUGAUCGGAUAUGCUCUUGUGGGGGUUUUGUGCUAUGCGGUUAUGGCCGGUCUGGGAGAAAUGGCUUGUUGGUUACCGUUGGCUUCUGGAUUUACUGGCCUAGCAGGUCGCUUUGCUGACCCUGCUCUGGGGUUUGCUCUUGGUUGGAACUACUGGUUCAAAUAUAUUGUUACCACUCCAAACAACAUCAUAGCAUUUGUUUUGGUGAUCAAGUACUGGUUCGAUAAAGAGGGAUACUACGGCCCAGGGGCGAAUCCGGCAAUAUACGUCUCGAUUCUCCUAGCAGUCAUUAUUGCCAUUAAUUAUUUUGGCGUUGGCGUCUUUGGGGAGUUUGAGUUUUGGUUGAGCAGUGUCAAGGUACUCAUAAUGCUGGGCUUGAUAAUCUUCACUCUCGUGUUAGCUGUCAAUGGUGGGCCCAGUAAUGCUGCACCUGGAUUCAAUUACUUAGUUGAUCCUGGAGCGUUUGCUCCAUACUUAACAGGCGGAAGCGGCGGGAAGUUCCUUGGUUUCUGGAAUGUCCUCUCCAGCGCAGUCUUCUCCUUUCUCGGUGCAGAACUUGUAGGGGUCACAGUUGGGGAAGCUCAGAAUCCUCGAAAGGCCGUGCCUCGAGCAGUCAAGCUAACAUUCUUUCGAAUCGUGUUUUUCUACAUUAUUCUCAUCUUCUUGCUUGGCCUAACGGUCCCCUAUAACAGCCCGCUAUUACUUUCUGCAAAUAACGUGAGCGACAACACCGUCUCAGCAGAAGCAAGCCCAUUCGUCGUCGCAGCUAGGCUUGCUGGUGUCAAGGCCGUUCCAGACAUAAUCAAUGUCUGCCUCCUAGCCUUUACCUUCUCUGCGGCGAAUUCAGACCUCUAUAUUGCAACCCGCUCUUUAUAUUCCCUCGCUGUCGAAGGGAGCGCUCCACGGAUCUUCUCCCGCACAAAUUCCCGUGGCGUCCCCAUUUAUGCGCUGGCACUAUCUGCCGCGUUCUGUACCCUCGCCUUCAUGAUCGUCGAUGUUGGGACCUUCACCACAUUCCAGUACUUCGUUUCUCUUGUCACGAUCUUCGGCAUCCUCACCUGGAUAUCGAUCCUUUUAUCCCACAUCUCCUUCAUCAGGGCCCGCCGUGCACAGAACAUUCCAGAUACGGCACUCGCGUACGUCUCUCCCUUCGGAAUCCGCGGAUCCAUCGCUGCCCUUGUCUUCGCUUGCGUUAUCCUUCUAUUCAAUGGCUUUGCGGAUUUCGUGCCUGACCCGAUCACGGGAGUCAAGUUCCAAUGGCAGAAUUUCAUUGUCAAUUAUAUCGGUGUGAUCAUCUAUGCUGGGAUGUUUGUCGGUUAUAAAAUAUUCAUGCGGACGAAAACGUGGAAGCCUCAGGAGGUAGAUUUGUAUACUGGCAAGGCACGGAUUGAUGAGGAAGAAAAUGAGUUUUUGGCCGGGGAGAUGAAAAGAAAUGCGGGAGUUAAGGAGAAGAGAUGGGCGGGAUUGUACAGAGUUACGUUAGGUAACUUCUUUUAG